GCUCCGCUAUCUUUAGACGUCGGUGGAACUCUUUAAAAUGUUCUCGCGAGCCAGCCGUUAGGGCGGGUCGGGUGGCGGUUUGACACGCUCACCGAUCACUUAAUGCAAUAACAACAACGUCGCGAGCUAACCUAGCGGACUGGGUUUGGUAUUUUUGGGGCUAAACACCAGAGAACUUUGUUGUGAAAUUCACGCGCGGAAGACCGAAAGUUAGCGCGAGCCGAGUUAGAUGGAAGUAACUCGCUCUCGCGCCGCAAUCGCGUUCUUUCUGGAAACACUUCGCGCGCUUCCCCGUCACGCGGCACGCCGUUAAGAUGGCCUCUCGAGCGGGCUUCCCCGUUAACUCCGGGACCCCCGUGAACCCCAUGAGCUCGAGCCACCCGGGAGGGAUGAGGAUGCCGCAGAGCUCGGGUUUCCGAGCGGUGCCCAGCGCGGCUAGCCCGUAUCCGCGGUCUGUUAUGCCACCGAGCCGAACUGUGCCCAUGGGCAGCCUGGGGUCGCUGGGCGCCCCUCUGCCAGGGCCGUCUUACAGUGGCACCAUGCCCGUGCGUCCCGGGAUGCCCCAGACCCCGCUGGACCCUGUGAGGAAGAGACUCCUCCAGCAGCAACAGCAGCAGCAGCAACAGCAAUCUUCGGGACUGAUGGGUCCCCGAAGAGGGGUCAAAAGGCGCAAGAUGGCUGACAAAGUCCUCCCACAGAGGAUUCGAGACCUGGUGCCCGAGUCUCAGGCGUACAUGGACCUCCUAGCCUUUGAGAGGAAGCUGGACCAGACCAUCGCACGCAAGCGUAUGGAGAUCCAGGAGGCCAUCAAGAAGCCCAUUACACAAAAGCGCAAGUUGCGGGUGUAUAUCUCCAACACCUGCACGCCGGGCAAACUGGAGGGGGAGGAGUCUGAGAAAGUGGCAUCGUGGGAGCUCCGAGUGGAAGGCAAACUCCUGGAGGAUCCUGGGAAACAGAAGAGAAAGUUUUCAUCCUUCUUCAAAAGUUUAGUCAUCGAGCUGGACAAGGAGCUGUAUGGGCCAGACAACCAUCUAGUGGAGUGGCACAGGAUGCCCACCACACAGGAGACGGAUGGCUUUCAGGUUAAGAGGCCCGGAGAUGUCAACGUAAAAUGCACUCUCCUCCUCAUGCUGGACCACCAGCCUCCCCAGUACAAGCUGGACCCACGGUUGGCACGUCUCCUGGGUGUACACACCCAGACCAGGGCCAGCAUCAUGCAGGCUCUGUGGCUCUACAUCAAGACCAACAAGCUCCAGGAUUGCCACGAGAAGGAGUUCAUCAACUGCAACCGCUACUUCCGGCAGAUCUUUGCCUGUCCCAGAAUGAGGUUCUCUGAGAUCCCCAUGAAGCUGGCUGGGCUCCUGCAACACCCCGAUCCCAUAGUCAUCAACCACGUCAUCAGCGUGGACCCCAACGACCAAAAGAAGACAGCCUGUUUCGACAUUGAUGUAGAGGUGGACGACCCGCUCAAGAGCCAGAUGGCCAGCUUCCUGUCCUCUACCACCAACCAGCAGGAGAUCGCCGCUCUGGAGAUGAAAAUCCACGAGACCAUCGAGUCCAUAAACCAGCUGAAGACGCAGAGGGACUUCAUGCUGAGCUUCAGUAACAACCCCCAGGACUUCAUCCAGGACUGGCUGAAGUCACAGAGCAGAGACCUGAAGCUGAUGACCGACACGGCCGGGAACCCGGAGGAGGAGCGGAGGAGUGCCUUCUUCCAGUCAUCGUGGACGCAGGAGGCCGUGAGCCGCUACGUAUUCGCCAAGGUCCAGCAGCGUAGACAGGAGCUGGAGCAGGUGCUGGGGAUUCGGCUGACCUGAAGCCCAUGGCCCUUGGGGUUAGAGCACACCUGGGCUCGGGGCCAAAGACCUGCCAUACCCUACGGAUGGGACGGGCAACAGGUGCUCACUCCAGUCCUGCUAACUCCAGCAGCAGAGAAGGCUUCGGCGCAGGAGGGCUUCUUCAAACGGUGUCACCAGAUGACUCUACUGGAACCAGCAUGAUUAUGCAUCUUGUUUUUGCUUUUGUUUUUUGUUUGUUUUUCCCUGCCUUAUUCUUGUUUUUCAUACGUAGCUUCAUUGUAAUUUUCAGCAGGUCCAAACCAGAGCCAUCGCUUUCUAAGGAGAGGGCUGGCUGAGUUCCGGUCUGGAGCUUUUUGGGGGUGGGGGGUUUGUGUGACGUGUUUUCUGGUCCCUUUAGGAGGCGUCAGGUAUCAACUCUAAUGGGCUGUUUAAAACUGUUGGAACUGUUGGAGUUGGCCGGAGUUUUCACUGCCUCCUGAGAAUUUUCUUGGACCACACGUGUCGUGUUUUUGAAAGCUCUUCUAAUUUUAUCAGAUCCAUCAAGCCAUAAAUGGCUUUUGUUCCCAUUUGUAUUUUUUCACCUGCAAAAGGAAAACCAAAUCUCAGCUUUUGUAUUACGAUUAUAGGACACAGACGUAGAAUGACUUAGCAUAGGUACGACCCUUCUGGCGAAUUAUAUGUAUCGAAUAUAGAACGCAACAUGGAUACAGGUAUCUGUGUCCGUUGAUCUCUGAGAAAGAUGCCGCCGACAUGCGUUUCAGAGCCACAGUUUGGCCAGUCCAGUGUACGCUCGACUGCCUAGUUGCUCGGAGCGCAGUCUCCUGGAUUCCCGGUGUGUUUACAGGCUCUUUUGCGUCGUUAGGGUAUUUUACUGUGGCAGUUGUCACCGUAGCUGCGACUACAGAGGCUUUCUACUAGUUUUGGUAAUAAGUGAGUAGGAUUCUAAGCCAUUUCAAAAUUAAUGUUGAGGAAUGUCUUCACACUUUAAUUUUCAAAUUAAAGCCAUUUUUUGUGUGUUUACAGGCAGAAAUGUGUGAAUGAAUGAUUGGUGUGCAAUUUCACUUCAUACAUUCCAAAUACCAGAUAAGCCAUUGCUCUUUUAACAGAUUGGCAGAGAUUGGCUCAAGGGGUAAGAGAGUUGAUUUUAAUAGAUGACCCAGGCACUUAAGUCAUUAUUAAAAUGUUUGUUUUACAAGUACUUUCAAAUCUCAAUCUGAGUAGAAUGAAUAUAUAUUUUUUUGUCUUUAUACAUGUUUAUGUAAAGAGAAAGUGACAGUGACAUUCUUGAAGUCUGCUGUGACAUUUUAUAACCAGUUGAGUGGAUUUAAAUGGUUUAAAAGGAAAAUGCAUGUAUCCUAGCUUUUGUUUUCAAGCAAAUGCUUUUUAUACUUUUUUUUACUGGGCAUUCUAUUGAUAUUUUGUACAAUAAAAUUGUCUGCCAGCA